AUGGCGUGUGAUAUUAAAUGUGUGAUUCAAGUGUUAGUGAUGCUUACAAUAGACAAAACGAGUAGUCAAAACAAUCCAUUCAAAAGUGUCCCUGUUACUGUCAAAACAUAUGAAAAUGAAACUGUUUUGCUGCCCUGUUAUGUCGACAAUACAGGGAUGCGAGAACAGGACAUCGAAAACUUACUGGCCAAUUCUGAUUUAGAAGAUUUUUUGCCAUCCGACGAAGAUCUGGACGAUCCCCCUUAUGUGGCUCCGCAGGAGAGAACUUCAUCCAGCUCAAGUGAAGAGAACAGCGAAGAUCAUGUCAUGACGGAUAUGGAAGUCGGGGCAACCGGAGAAUUCGGGGUAAUGGAAGUGAUCGUGUCCUGA